AUGACAAUGAGCAAAGAGCCCAGAUACGCAGUGUUGUCCAGUCCAUCAGCUGGGUGUGGGUCCCUGAUGUCCUUCCUGCAGCGCUUCAAUGAUAGUUACAGCAUUGAAGCACAAAAGUUCAGCAGAAAUGUCAUUACUGGUGGUCAUUACGAUGUUGACUGUCGGCUAGAGGAUGCUGAUGGUGCAGUUUUGUACAAAGAGAUGAAGAAACAGUAUGACAGUUUCACCUUCACAGCUGCUAAAAAUGGAACGUAUAAGUUCUGUUUCAGCAAUGAGUUUUCCACCUUCACACACAAAACUGUGUAUUUUGAUUUCCAGGUUGGGGAUGACCCUCCUUUGUUUCCCAAUGAAAACAGAGUCUCUGCACUGACUCAGAUGGAGUCAGCUUGUGUCACAAUGCAUGAAGCCAUGAAAUCUGUCAUCGAUUACCAAACUCAUUUCCGUCUAAGGGAAGCACAAGGCCGAAGUCGUGCUGAGGACCUCAACUCAAGAGUUGCUUUUUGGUCUAUAGGUGAAGCUCUUAUCUUGUUGGUCGUGAGUCUUGGCCAGGUGGUUCUCCUCAGGAGCUUCUUCUCAGACAAAAGAACCACUUCCACACGUGUAGGUUCAUAACAAGUAGCCAUGGCAUAAAGUCUAAGCAGUACCUGACAGUUUUCGGUUCAGUAUCUUGUGUGUUUGAAGAUUAAGUUCAAGAAAACUGUUAAGAUUAAAAUCCUUCUUGAGCUGAUUUUCUCAUCACUUUGGAUUAUUUAGCAGAUCAGAUAUUUGAAGAUAGAAUAUUAAAAGUUUACAACAACUGGAUGUCACAACAGAUAACUACACAAUGAGCUGUGUCCACUAGGGGGCAAGGCCAUUGAUAAUUAAUUUUCCUUGGUUAAAUGAUUCCCAGUUCGUGCAUCUUUUGAAAUGUGUAAUAGGUGGUACAUCUCACAUUGCUGCAAUAGAAUUGAAAAUAUAGUUCUUUUGACUUCAAAGUAUCAAAACUAACUUGAAGCCCAACUAGCUUCACUUAUCACCAUUAGUCUGUUAGGCAUCCAGGUGUUUCAAGACCUUUCUUAAACAAGCAGCAGCAAUCGCGUUGAAUUGUCACUUGUGCUUUGGUUUGUUAAAGUGAGGUAACUCUCGAAAUACUAUAGCAGUUUUUAAGCAUACUGCUGUUUGCUUUGAGAAGCAAGUUUUGUACCUUUUCCAUUGCACAAGGUUGUGCAUAAAUUACAGUAUUUCCAAACAAAUUUAGUCAGGUUACAUCUUGUAAAUGUUCUGCCUAUUUUAAAAUGCCCCUUUAAAUUGUCAUGGUUUUCUAACAGUUAUGAUUACAGUGGAAUAACCAUUUUAUAAGGUUGGUAAGGUUAGAAAAACGUGCUUUUCAAGGCAAGAUAUUGUUUUAUAAUAAAGUUUUUUUUUUGUUUUUUGUUUUGUGAAACUUUGUUUUGUGUACAUUGGUAAUCUCAAACAAAAAAAUCAAGUGUUGAGUAAAUCAAACCAGUAAGGAUUAAAAAAGGAGGAAUUUGGGGUUUUUGUAUGUGGCAGGGUGUAAAUUUCUUUCUGCUUAGGAAUGUAAUGGGGAUAACAAAUUAUCCAUAGAAUGUUUUCUCACUGAAUGGAAUUGAUUUAAAAGAAAAUCUAUAUAUUGUGUUUAGGGUCAGACCUUUAUAGAUGUUGCUUUCUUUAAGGAAAGAGCAGAAUUUUUUUUAAAAAUUGUAAUCAAUCUCCAGAUUUCAAUGAGCAGGUGCAGGGCAGUGAUAAAUCUAUCAAUUGGGAGCUUCAGUUGAUUUUGCUGAUAUUUUGUGCUUAAAAAUUGUAGGUUUAAUGCUGCCCACCUAAGAAUUUGAUGAUUUUUCUUAUGCCAUCUCCCUGUAUUUAACAUUAAUUGCCCAUUUAAAUAAUCAGAAGUUUGGUUGUGCGCAGUUUUAAGUACCCACACCACUGAGUGUACACUGAUGGAUGUUUGUAUGUAAGCUUACUUCUUGGCAUAAAACCGAUUGUGAUAUUCCAUCUGAGAAUUACAAGUCUGAUGAGUAAUAAUAGAAUAGUAACUAUUGAAAUAUGUACUUGGGAUAAGUUCUUGUGUUUAAAACUUUCAUUUAAUUAAAAAUGUUCACAUUGCACUGUAAA